GCUGCACAGGCCACAAGGCAGCGGCUGGAGUCACCAGCCAAACCUCAGGAGUUUAUCGAGAGAGCUCAAGCAGUAAGGGCAGAGUUUGAUGCCAAUAAACAACGUCGAGAUCGCCUUACUCCGGAAGAAAGACUCAAGGAGGAUGGAGAGAGUCUCUUUCAGUCAUUAAAAUCGAGCCCCGACAGCGUGCUGAUCUUGCAGCUCACCCAGAAGCCAGUAUUUCGCAGGGCGCGAUGCCGCGCAAAUGAGUGCCUGUAUGGCUCUUUCAAUGGUCGGGAUGGAACCGAGAUUCAAGACAAGUAUCGCAUAUCGCUUGAGUGGGGUGAGCAAGCUCAGCUCGAGUAUUAUCAUGUCCGUUGCAUGGAAUGCAUGGUACCGCUUCCGGCCCUCGCCCGCUCACAGUUCAAACUAGAUGGAAGGGCGUCGUGGAGCUUGAUGAUUGGCAAAUGGAUGGAGCAUCGAGGCAGGAUCAACAUUGAAAAGAUUGCAGCAUAUAUCGACAGAGAGGCUGCCUAUUCUCGAUGGUUCAGAGACACCAUCAACGAGAUCUCUAAUAUAGAGUUACGACAUCAGCUUUCAUGCAAAACUGCAGGCGUCUCUUGCCAAUGCCCCCCUUUCCCUUGCGGUCCUAAGGUACCAGUUUUGAAGGAAUAUAUCACCUCCGAGGAUGAAGUGUGUGGGCUG